GGGAGCUCGGGCCCAACCGGACGGCGCGGAGGCGCUCGGAAAACUGAAUUAAAAAACGUAAAGAGGCGGCGCGGACCCUUUAAGAGCGGAGCAAAGGCGCGAGCGCAACAGCGGUGAAAAUGGCGGCAGCCGCGGCCCCGCGCGCGCUCAUAUAGGACAAAGCCGCGGUUCCCAUUGGUCGGCACCGCCCCUUUCCAUCCUUCUAUUGGUCAAUCUCGUUGUCAGUCCAGCUCUCUGCUCUCCAAUUGGUCUACAACCUCUCUUAAGCCCCGCCCACCGACGCUCCGGCGCUCUCGGAGGACCUCCCCUCCCCGUCUCUGUGGUCUGGCGAUGAUCGACAUGCAUAGCAGCCAUUGGGAAGAGCGGAUGGGCGUUGGCGCGCAGAAGGAGAGGCCAAUGGGAGCGCUGGGGGCGGGGCCCGUCGGUGAUGGCGCGGGAGGGUGCCCUGGAUGAUCCAGCUGUGCCCACAGAUGUUAAGGGCCCGCAAAAACGCCUUCCCUGCCCCCGGAACGCCCCAGAUGUCAUUGGGAAGGGGCCAGAUCCAGAUGCUGAGGACCCAAAAACGCCCAAAGCAGCUCAAAACACUUUGGAGGCUCCAGAUGUGGCAGCAGAAACCCCAAAUCCAGAUGUGCUGCAGGCCAAAAAUGGGCACCGCAUGCUGCUGGUGGAUAGCGACACAGAUGUGGAGGACGAGGGGCCAAAUCCAGAUGUUGGCCCCCCAAAACAUCUUAAAAUGACCCAAAAUGUGCCUGAAACACCAGAUGUGGGGCUGAAAAUCUCAAAUCCAGAUGAUCCAUGGCUGAAAAAUGGGCGUGGGACGCUGCAGGUGGAGAGCGACACAGAUGUGGAGGAGGAGGAGGUUGAUCCAGAUGCGGAGCCCCCAAAACGACUGAAAAUGACCCAAAAUGUCUCAGAAACUCCAGAUGUGGUAGCAAAGACCCCAAAUCCAGAUGUUUCAGGCCCAAAAACGCGAUGUGGGAUGCAGGUGGUGGACAGUGACACAGAUGUGGAAGAGGAUCCAGGUGUGCCACCCCAGAAAAGGCUCAAACUGACCCAAAACAUGCCUGCAAUUCCAGAUGUGGAGGUGGAAACCCCAAAUCCAGCUGUGGGAAUGCCCAAAACUGGACACUGGACAAUGCUGGUGGACAGUGACACAGAUGUGGAGGGGGAGGAGGAGAAUCCAGAUGUGCAGCUCCCAAAACAACUCAGGAUGACCCAAAACGUACCUGAAACGCCAGAUGUGGCGGGCCCAAAACUCCAUUCCCGGAUGCUGCUGCUGGACAGCGAUACAGAUAUGGAAGAAAAAGUGAAUCUGGAUGUGCAGCCCCCAAAAAGGCUCAAAGUGACCCAAAACGUGCCCAGAAUUCUAGAUGUGGGGGUGGAGACCCCAAAUCUAGCUGUGGAAAGGCCCAAAAUUGGUCAUCAUACGUUGGUGAUGGACAGCGACGCAGAUGUGGACACGGAUCCAGAUAUGCAGCCACCAAAAAGGCUCAGGAGGACCCAGAAUGUGCCCAAAACUGCAGAUGUGCGAUGGGGGACACCAAAUCCAGAUGUUUCAGGCCCCACAGUCGGGUGUCAGAUGCUGGUGGACAGCAGCGACAUAGAUGUGGAGGAGGAUCCAGAUGUGGAGCCCCCAAAAUGGCUCAGAGGGACCCAAAACGUCCCCGAAACUCCAGAUGUGGCUGCAAAGACCCCAAAUCCAGAUGUUUCUGGCCCCGAAAUCGGGCGUCAGACAUUCCUGGUGGACAGUGACACAGACGUGGAGGAGGAGAAUCCAGAUGCUGAAACCCUAAAAAAGCUUGAAAUUACCCAAAAUGUGCCUGAAAGUCCAGAUGUGGUGGCACAGACCCCAAAUCCAGAUGUUGGAGUGACCAAAAAUGGGCGUCAGGCACUACUGGUGGACAGUGACACAGAUGUGGAGGAGGAGGAAGGGAAUCCAGAUGUUUGUCCUUCAAGAAGAUGGAAAAAUCCUCAAAACAUGCUCCAAACUCCAGAUGUGCCCACACAGCCCCCAAGUCCAGCUGUGGAGGGGUCACAGAGGGGUCACCGGGCACUGCUGGAUGACAGUGACACAGAUGUGGAGGAGGAGGCAAGUCCAGAUGUUGGAUCCCAAAAAAGACUGAAACCAGCCCCAAACAUGCCUGAAACUCCAGAUGUGAGGCUGAAAACGCCAAAUCCAGAUGUUUCAGGCACAAAAAUUGGGUGUGCGAUGCUGCUGGUGGACAGCGAGACAGAUGUGGAGGAGGAUGAGAUGGGUCCAGAUGUUCGGCCCUUAAAAAGACGGAAAAUGACCCCAAAUGUGCCUGAAACUCCAGAUGUGCCCACACGGACCCCAAAUCCAGCUGUUGGAGGCUCUGAAUCCAGAUGUGGAGCCUUGGUGGUGGAAAGUGGCCCAGAUGUGGAAGAGGAUGAGGCUGAUCCAGAUGUUCAGCUGUCCAAAAGACAGAAAAUUACCCAAAAUGUUCCCAAAACACCAGAUGUUGGGCUGAAACCCCCAAAUCCAGAUGUUGGGAUGCACCAAAGGACCCAAAAUGUGGCUGAAACUCCAGAUGUGGAGGGGGAAGAGGAAGGGUGGGAUCCAGAUGUGGCCACCCAGCUGUUCCUGCCCCCAAAUCCAGAUGUUGGGGAGGCUGAGGCAGAUCCAGAUGUUAGGAGCCCAAAACAACUCCAAAUGACUCAGAAGCCACACGAAAUUCCAGAUGUGGAAGAGGAAGAGGAAUCAGAUCCAGAUGUAGCCACCCAGCUGUUCCUGCCCUCUCCAGACGUUGGGAGCCCAGAAAGCCCCAAAAUGGCCCCAAAGGACCCCAAAAACCCAGAUGUGGAGGAGGAAGAGGAGUCAGAUCCAGAUGUGGCCACUCAGAUGUUCCUGCCCUCUCCAGAUGUUGGGAGCCCAGAAAGCCCCAGAAUGACCCCAAAGGACCCCAAAGUUCCAGAUGUGGAAGGGCUGCCCUCCCUAGAUCCAGAUGUGGCCACACAGCUGUUCUUGCCUCCACAUCCACGUGUGGGGGUCAGCCCAAAUCCAGAUGUUCUGGGUCCAAAACAACCCAAAAUGGCCUCAAAUUACCCCAAAAUUCCCAAUGUGAGGGUGGAGAACCCAGAUCCAGAUGUGGAGGGGGAGGAGGACUUGGAUGUGGCCACCCAGCUGUUUCUGCCCCCUGAUCCAGAUGUGGAGGGGGAAGGACCCUCAGAUCCAGGUGUUGGGUCCCCAAAACCACACAAAAGUCCCCUAAACCCACCCAGAAUUCCAGAUGUGGACAUGAAGAGCCCAAAUCCAGAUGUGGAGGGGUCACUGGGUAGCCACAGGACGUUGCUGGGGGGUGAUGAUCCAGAUGUGGAGGAGGCAGCCCCAAAUCCAGAUGUGGCAGCCUCAAAACGACCCCAAACGGCCCCGAAAGUCCCUGAGAUUCCAGAUGUGGAGGUGGAUACCCCAAAUCCAGAUGUGGAGGAGCUGGGGAGCCCUGGCCUGGAUCCAGAUGUGGCCACCCAGCUGUUCCUGCCCCCUGACCCAGAUGUGGGGUGCCCAGAAAGCCCCAAAAGGGACCCGGAUGAAUCCCAAAUUCCAGAUGUGGAGCAAGAGGCCCCAAAUCCAGAUGUUGGGGAUCCCCCAAGCCCUGCCCAGGAGGAAGCAGAAGCUCCGCCCACCGUGCAGGUGCGGCGCAGUCGGCGAUUGGCUGAGAGCAGAGGGGGUGGAGCCACAAGAGGCUCCGCCCCCUCCCAGAAGGGACAUUCUCGAGGCCCCAAGCCCCGCCCCUCACCCAAGCCCUGCCCCCAGAGGGGGCGGAACCAAGUAGGGGCAGGGCUUAAAGUAACCCCACCCUCAAUAUCCAUAAAAGGAAAUGGGCGGGGCUCGGUGGUGACCUCAUCCCCAGAGGAGGCAGAGCCAGCAGGGGAUGCCAAGCGCAGGCUCCGCCCCCGGGCAGCGCCGGGCUCCGCCCACAUCCGGGUGCUGUUCACGGGCCUGGUGGCCUCCCCGGCGCUGCGGGUGGCCCUGGGGACGCUGGGUGGCACCGAGGCCACGUCGGUGCACGACUGCAGCCACCUGGUGACCGAUGGCAUCCGCCGGACACUGAAGUUCCUGUGCGCCCUGGGCAGGGGCGUCCCCAUUGUCACCCCCCAGUGGCUGCUAGAGAGUUCCCACAGUGGCCGCCCGCUGUCCCCAGGUCCCUUCCUGCCCCGGGACCCCUCCUGUGAGCGGCGCUUCGGCUUCUGCCUGCGCCCGGCGCUGGCCCGGGCCCGGGAGCGGCCCCUGCUGCAGGGGUACCAGGUGCACGUCACCCCCAGUGUCCAGCCGUGCCCCGAGGACAUGCGGGACAUUGUCACCUGCUGUGGUGGCACCUUUCUGCCACAGCUGCCCCGGGAACACGCGCCCUGUGUCCUGGUGAUCUCGUGUCCCCAGGACCGCUGCCUGUGGCCCCCGGCCGUGGCCGCGCGGCUCCCGCUGCUCUCGGCUGAGCUGCUGCUCUCAGGGGUCCUGCAGCAGCGCCUGGAGCUGGCCCCGUUCCUGCUGAGCCCCUGGCAGCCCCCCCAGCCUCCCCAAAACACCCCUGAGCCCCCUGAAAAAUCCCCAAAUCUCACCCAACAACUCCGAAAUCCCACCCAAAAAAACGCAAAUCCCACCCAAAACCAAAAAAAUCCCACCCAAAAACCCCCAAAUCCAUCCCAAAACCAAAAAAAUCCCACCCAAAAUACCUCGAAUCCCGCCCAAAAUAUCCCAAAUCCCACCCAGAAACGGAAAAAUCCCUCCCAAGAACCCCCAAAUCCCUCCCAAAAAACCCCAGAUCCCACCCCAAAAACCCCAAAUCCCACCCAAAAAAGCAAAAACACAUCCCAAAAAAACCCAAAUCCCUCCCAGAAACAAAAAAAUCCCCCCCAGAAAUGCCCAAAUCCCACCCAAAGUACCCCACCCCAAACCCAUUCCUGGCCCCAUUCUGGGGCCUCCACCCCCCCGCCGAGCCCCCCCAGGACCCGGAGUGGGCGGAGACCCCCCCAAAAUCCCCCCCUCAAAACCCCAAAUUCAGGGACCCCCAAAAAACCCGCAAAUCCACCCCAAAAAAACCCAAAUCCACCCAGAAAAACCCCAAAACAACCUCAGGGUCACUCAGAGGGUCCCGACCCCGAUUUUGGGGUCCCAGAUCCCCCUCAGGAUCCCCCCAGGACCCGGAGUCAUCGGGGACCCCCCCAAAAUCCCCCUCGGGACCCCCCAAAUUCAGGGACACCCAAAAAAACCCCAAACCUGCCCCAAAAAAACCCAAAUCCACCCCCAAAAAACCCCAAGCAGCCCCGGAGUCUUUCAGGGGGUCCCAACCCCAAUGUUGGGGUCCCAGAUCCCCCCCUGGAGGCCCCCAGGACCCGGAGCGGGCACAGACCCCCCCCAAAUCCAAGGAACUCAAAAAAAACCCCAAACCUGCCCCAAAAAGCCCCAAAUUCCAUCCCAAAACGGCCCCGGGGUCCCCCCGAGGGUUCCCCCCCCAGUUUUGGGGUCCCCGAGCCUCCCCCGAGCCCCCCCCAGACCCGGAGCCGCCGGGGGCACCAAUAAAGUGAAUUUGGGCAGUGGA